AAAAAGAGGGAAGAGCUAUUCCAACCCAACCAACUCAUAAUGACAGCACAGAGGAAGCUUGUCAACCAAAUUUUGUCAUGAGGAAGAAGAAGGUUCACAUAAACAUUGUGGUCAUUGGCCAUGUUGACUCCGGCAAGUCAACCACCACUGGCCACUUGAUCUACAAGCUUGGAGGUAUUAACAAGCGUGUGAUUGAGAGGUUUGAAAAGGAGGCUGCAAAAAUGAACAAAAGAUCAUUCAAGUAUGCCUGGGUGCUGGACAAGCUGAAGGCUGAACGUGAACGUGGAAUCACCAUUGAUAUUGCUUUCUGGAAGUUUGAAACCACCAAAUAUUACUGCACUGUCAUUGAUGCUCCUGGACAUCGUGACUUUAUCAAGAAUAUGAUCACUGGUACCUCUCAGGCUGACUGUGCUUUGCUCAUUAUCGACUCAACUGCUGGUGGUUUUGAAGCUGGUAUUUCCAUGGAUGGUCAAACCCGUGAACAUGCCCUGCUUGCUUUUACUCUUGGUGUCAAGCAGAUGAUUUGCUGUUGCAACAAGAUGGAUGCUACAACCCCAAAAUACUCGAAAGCUAGAUAUAAUGAAAUUGUGAAGGAAGUUUCUUCCUUCCUUAAGAAGGUAGGUUACGACCCUAAGAAGAUCCCAUUUGUCCCCAUCUCUGGUUUUGAGGGUGAUAACAUGAUUGAGAGGUCAACCAACCUUCACUGGUACAAGGGCCCUACCCUCCUUAAGGCCCUUGACUUCAUCGAUGAGCCCAAGAGGCCCUCGCACAAGCCCCUCCGUCUACCACUUCAGGAUGUCUACAAGAUUGGUGGCAUUGGAACUGUUCCUGUUGGACGUGUUGAGACUGGUGUCUUGAAACCUGGUAUGGUUGUUACCUUUGGUCCCUCUGGACUUACCACUGAAGUUAAAUCUGUUGAGAUGCACCAUGAAGCUCUCCAGACGGCCCUUCCAGGUGACUAUGUUGGUUUCAAUGUUACGAAUGUUGCUGUUAAGGACUUGAAACGUGGUUAUGUUGCUUCUAACUCCAAGCAUGAUCCGGCCAAGGAGGCCGCCAAUUUUACCUCUCGUGUCAUCAUCAUCAACCAUCCUGGCCAGAUUAAAAAUGGAUAUGCCCCCGUCCUUCACUGCCACACCUCCAAAAUAGCUGUUAAGUUUUCUGAGAUUCUGACCAGGGUUGAUAGGCGAUCUGGUCAGGAGCUCGAGAAGGAGCCUAAGUUCCUGAAGACUGGUGAUGGUGGGUUUGUAAAGAUGAUUCCCACCAAGCCCAUGGUUGUGGAGACCUUUUAUGAGUAUCCUCCUCUUGGUCGUUUUGCCGUAAGGGACAUGCGCCAGACUGUGGCUGUUGGCGUCAUCAAGAGUGUUGAGAAGAAGGAUCCAAGUGGUGCAAAUGUCACCAAGUCCGCAAAGCAAUGAGAAAAUGAAGCGUCUGCUGAGCGAAGUUACAGUUCUUAGUUUAGUUAUGUUUUUUAUUUAUGUGUUGUUGCUGUUAUUUUCAGAAACAGAUUCGGUUUCUUAUCCCUGCAGUUUUGUGUCCCUCCUUGCCGUGUGUCCCGAGUAAUUAUAUUAAUUGUGUCCCUGGAUGUUAUGGAAUUAUGGC